AGCUUCCCCCCAUGGCUCCCGUCUGCGAAGUUUUCCAUCUUCACAGACGGCCUGUUGCUCAGUCCCAGAUCUCUUGAUGUUGCAGAUCGCGAUCUACUUCGCAACCACUUGCUCUCACCAUGUCCUCCACUGCUAAUUUCGUAUGCAUCCUCACAUGCCGUGCGUGCGUGGUUGCUCGGUUUUAACGGAAACAGAUGUCCCCCUCUUCCUCGUCAACGCCGGUAUGGCAUCAGUUCGAACGGAAGGUCGAGGAGGUCAAGCCAUCCAAGACUGAUAUCAACUACUUGGUCAUGGACUACCUCAUCACCAACGGCUACCCCGCGGCCGCGAUGAAGUUCGCGGUCGAGGCCAACAUCCAACCCCGAGCAGACUUCGAGUCGAUUCAGGAACGAGUUGAGAUCCGCACUGCGAUCCACUCUGGGAAUAUACAAGUGGCGAUCGAGAAGAUCAACGAGCUCAACCCUCAGAUCCUGGAUGAAAAUCCUCCUCUGCACUUCGCCCUGCUGCGUCUGCAACUAGUGGAGUUGAUCCGCGCCUGCACCUCGGUCCCCGAUGGAGACAUCGGCCCGGUCCUCGAGUUUGCAACCCUGCAAAUGGCCCCCCGGGCGCCCACGAACCCUCAGUUCCUAGAAGACCUGGAGAGGACGCUCGCGCUGUUGAUCUUCCCGGCCGACAACCUCUCCCCGUCCCUUGCCCCCUUACUCCACCCGGACCUCCGUAAAGAAAUUGCCAACCGCGUCAACGAGGCCAUCCUGCUGAACCAGGGCACUCACAAGGAGGCCCGUCUUCGCAACCUCGUUAAGCUGCGCGCCUGGGCCGAGCAGAAGGCCCGGGAGGCUAAGAAGGACAUCCCCGAGAAGCUGGACCUCGGGCUCACAGACAACAAUUCCACCCCCAGCACCAGUAAUCAUCCCAUCUUAGCCUCGACCUUGGCCGCUCAUCUGCCCGCCUCUUCUAACGACACUGUAAUGACCAAUAACGGGGAUAUUGACCCCAUGAUCUCUUAACAUCAUCACACAACAAUGCCUCGAUCUGGGAUCCGGCUUUAAUGUGCUAGUACGGAGUACGACUGGAAUUCUUUUUUUUUUCUCGAGCAUGGAGUUGGGAAGGAAUACACCGGUAGUGGCACUGGCACUGGCGCUGGCAUGGCGCUUGGUCGCUGUAAUAUCUCGCUUAAUAUCCACCUAUGAACAGAAUUUUUCGUCCUGCCCACUUCCACUCGUCUUUACCGCUUUUGGUGGGAGCUACGAGUAUCUGCAUACCAUUACGUAUCAGAUCGAUC